AUGUAAGAAUCAGAUAUUGAAUCUCAAUUUUUAUAUUAAUCGAUUGUUUAACAAUAGGAAAGUAUUGAAGAGAAGCAAAUAUUAGUGAGUAGAUUGACAGAAUCAAAUCAAAUUUAAGAUGAAUCUGUAUAAAUAAAUUUAGAUUCAUAAAUAAUCUCAUAAUUGGAGGAAGAAAUUAUGCUUUUGUAGAAAUAAAAUCAAAAUCUAAAUGAUUAAAUUAAAGAGAAGGAUAAUUAGAUUGUUUUAUUAAAAGAGAGAGUAUAAAGACAAACUUUAUUAAAUGAGACAUAUCAAAUUACUGAAGUAUAACUAAAAUAAUAAGUUGAAGAGUUUAAGAAAAAGAUAACAGAACUCUAAGAAUAAAUAAUGUCAUUUACUCCAUUAUAAUAAAAUGUAUCUAAACCCAAUUUAGAUUUCAGUUGGGUCAAUCAUAUGGAAAGAGAUCUUUCACAUGAUGGUUUAUUAGAACGAUAUGAUCGUUAUAAAUCAAAUAAGCGUCUUGUUCCAAUUUAGAUUAAGCCGUAUUCAGAGAAAUUGAAAUUCAAAAAUCAAUAACAUAGUCCAUAUUUUGAACAACUGACAGAGAGAACAUAAAAUAUUCAAAAGAAAAGAAUCAAUUAAAAUAAAUAAUGAUUUUGUUCAUCUGUUUCACAUUGAUUUUUACUAAAGAAUUAAAUCAACAUCUCAGGAUUAGCAAUUGUUCCCCAGGAUUACCAUAUUUUUCAGUUUCCAAGCCAAUUAACAAUCCUAAAUAUUAGAUUACUCUCUUUCUUGCUACUCAUAAAGCAUGCAAAGCUUGUUGCAUUCAUGAAGUCAUUUUCAAAUAAUUACUGUAAGAUCUCCCAAAAUUAGUAAAUUUCUUAAGAAUUGAAUUAGAAGGUAUUUAUCUAUGUAACAAAUAUUAGAUAAUGCUUAAUUCAUUGAACAAUAUCAAAUAAAACGAUUUCCAGCAAUCUUUCUGGAAACCAAAUCUGGUGUCAUAUAUCAUUAUAAUGAUAUUUUAAACUAUGAAACACUUAUUUCCUUUGUUCAUUAUUACUUAAAUGGAUUACAAUUUCAUCAAUAUCACUCUUUCCAAGAAAUAGAGACUGUCAUUAAUAAUUAAUAUAAUUAACAAUCAUUAUAUGACAUUUAUAUUAUUGGAUUAUUUUAUGAUUAAGUUGAAUAUCAAGAUGAAAUUAAAGUCUUUACAUAAUAAUGUAAGAAGCUCUUUAAUUAUAGAAUUAAAUUUGGAUUCUUAAUGUAAAAAUAAGAAAUUAAAAAUAUUUAUUCAAAAUAUAAUACUUAUUCCCAUAUUUUAAUAUCAAGAUAUCCAAAUAAUUAUUAAUUUGUUGAUGAUUUAUUAGCAUAACCAAUUUUACCAUUAAUUUAAGAAUUGAAAUUUGAGAAUUCCAAAUAUUAUUUAGGACAUGCUCUAAUUGUUAUUGAUUCAAUUUAAGAUAAUAAUAAUUAUUUAGUUAAAAUAUAAAAGAUUGCUCAAUAAUUACCAUCUUUAAGAUUUGCAUGGAUUGAUGGAAAUUUAAAUGAAGAUAGAUUAUAGAUGUUAGGAAUUGAAAAAUUUGAUUAAGAAACUAAAUUAACAAUUUUUAAUAUGGAUUCAAAUGCUAAUGCUAUUUAUAAUGGAGAUUUACAUAAUCUAACAACUAUAUUUACUUUUUAUAAUGAUUUCAUAAAUUUAGAUUCCAAACAUUUUCAUUAAAAAUAUUCAUUCAUCAAAAAAGAAUAAAAUAAAUCUCCAUCAUAACCAUACAUUUAAUAUAAUGAAAAUACUCUUAUCAUCUUAAUACCACAAUAUGAUCAUCAUCAUACUAAAAUAAUCAAAUAAAUAUAAUAAGUAAAUAAGAAAUUUCAUAAUCAAUUCAAUGUUUCCUAUUAUGAAGCUAAUCAAUUCAAAUUAAUUUAUUAUUAUAAUUCUAUUAUUUAUUAGUUAUCCCAUGAGUCACUUGAAACAGCUUUGA